CCGGUUCCGCAGGGGCCACCGAUUGGCUGCGAGGCACCGGCGCUGGGCCUGAGGGCGGGGCCGCGGGGCCGCCCUGGUCUGAGGUGGCAGCCGGCUUUCGAGAGAAGAUCAUGGCAGCUCGGGUGGGCCAGAGGGUUUUUAUGAGGGCAGCCUCGGGAUGCUGGGCGAGGCCGGCGCGGGGUCCUACGCGGAACGUCAGAUAUUUAGCUUCCUGUGGUAUACUGAUGAGCAGAACUCUCCCACUACAUACCUCAAUUUUGCCUAAGGAGAUACAUGCAAGAACUUUCUUCAAAAUCACUGCACCAUUAAUAAACAAAAGAAAAGAAUAUUCAGAGAGAAGAAUUAUCGGAUAUUCAAUGCAGGAAAUGUAUGAUGUGGUAUCGGGAAUGGAGGAUUACAAGCAUUUCGUUCCUUGGUGCAAGAAGUCGGAUAUAAUAUCAAGGAGACCUGGAUAUUGUAAAACCCGGUUAGAAAUUGGCUUUCCACCUGUGCUGGAGCGAUACACAUCAGUAGUAACCUUGGUGAAACCGCAUUUGGUAAAGGCAUCCUGCACAGAUGGGAGACUUUUCAAACAUUUGGAGACGAUCUGGCGUUUCAGCCCUGGCCUUCCUGGCUACCCAAGAACUUGCACCUUGGAUUUUUCGGUGUCAUUUGAGUUCCGCUCACUUCUGCACUCUCAGCUUGCCACCCUGUUUUUCGAUGAGGUGGUGAAGCAGACGGUGGCCGCUUUUGAAAGGAGAGCAUGCAACCUGUACGGCCCAGAGACGAGCAUCCCCCGGGAGCUGAUGCUGCACCAGGUGCACCACACGUAGGGCAACGGGCAGCCGCGCCUGUGCCUGCACCUGUGCCUGCGCCCACGCAGGUCCCUGUGAGCAGUGCUUUCGGGGUUCGGUUUGAGGAGUCAGGGAGCCAUGAUCAUAAGCCUGCUCCACUGAGAACUUGCACACACAACAUGGACCCAUGUGUACAUAAGAAGUAUUUGUUCAAUCAAGUAUGAUUCUACGGUUCUGCAUUUGCAGUAAGGGAGAGGCCACCACUACUGUAGAUACUGACACCAUUCUGAGCAGGAAUUAACACUGUAAUGUAAAAUACCUUUUAAUGAGCACCUUCCCUGCGAGAGGCUUGUUGAGAUACAUAGUACAUAUUAACCAUAUCAUGUUUAAGUUAUUAAAUUCAGAACACAUGUAACUUAUUGCUGUAGGGCCUGCCAUGUGGCUUAGGCUAGUUGAGUAAUCAUAUAUUUCAAGCAAAAAUUUUGAUUUAGCUGGGCGUGGUGGCAUGCGCCUAUCAUCCCAGCUAUUUGGGAGGCUGAUGUAGGAGAAUCACAAGUUUGAGGCCAGCGUGGCCACCUGAGUGAGACUGUGCCUUGAAUAAAUCUGAGUGCUAGAGCACUUGCCUCGCAUCCUCAAGGACCUGGGUUUGAUCCCCAGCACUGCAGAGGAAAAGCUCACUAAAGAAGGCUCCCUGGUGCUGUUGGUCACUGAGGCUGGCUCCUGGAUGCAUGGCGGUGUGCAGUGGUUUCUGAGUGGUCCAGAGCCUGGAGCUCCCUUUGGGAGAAAGUGGCCUCCUGGGGCUCUUGCUGCCCAUGUGACAGCUUGGCUCUGGUGACUGUCCUCCCACACCAGCAGCCCCUUCCCUAUUUAUUGUGUGUACUCGCUUUCAGUAAUAUAUUCCAAACUGAUGUUUUUUUAAACAAAUCAAUGUAAGGACUGAAGUAGUAACUUAAUAAAGUUAAUUUGUUUAUUUUUGGUA